CCUGAAUGACGUUAUUGUUAUUCAUGUAAGAGUUAAUACUAGAUGCACAUGCAACACUCCCCUGGCUAGCGAUGAACAGUUGGCCGGAGAGCAUCGAACAUAAGGUGGAAAUUCCCUCCUUCGUUGUAGGCGAUGAAUGUGUGUACUCGAAGAUUGACCAAAUUCUCAACGCAAAGUUUAAUAAAACAACACAGAUUUGUUGUCGGUCAGGUGUCCAUGCGAGAUAUCGAGAGGAAAUGGAAAUUGGUUGUUGUGGUGAAGGAAUUUACAAACUUCAAAUAGAAUUGUGUUACAACGAUCAAGUGUACGUAAAGGAAAUGCAAACAAACUGUGAUUGCAAGUGUGGAAAAUCAAAUUUUGAGAAGGACGAGAACAGAGUGAAAUCAGGUGUGCCUAAAGUUGGCUCACUGCGGACUCGUCAUAACCGUUGGAAAGAGUUGAACAGUUUGAGAGAAAGGUGCAGAAAGAAAUAUCGAAGCAACUCUAAAAUUUUGUUUUGCAUCUGGAAGUUACGGAAAACGAAAUAUAAAAACAUCAAACAUAUCUUAAUAUCCAUACUUAGUGGCAAAUCCUUUUUUAUAAGAGUUUAA